AUGAAGGUCUCAACUUGUGUCGCUGCCGCCUCAAUGGCUGGCAUGGUCUACUCUGCCCCCCUCGAAAAGAGGCAGAACAUCGACAACACCGUUCUCCAGUUUGCCUUGACCCUCGAGCAUCUCGAGAACGUCUUCUACGAAGGUGCCAUCAAGAACUUCACUGCACAAGACUUUGCAGACGCUGGUUAUGGAGCAACGUACUACAACAAUCUCAAAUACAUCGCCAAUGACGAGCAGGUACACGUCCAGGUCCUGACUGCCGCCCUCCAAGCAAACGGCCAGACACCAGGUGUUGGAACAUCGGCGUAUCUGGGCGGCGCCCCGUUGAUCAGUAGCAAGUACUACUUGACUGUCGCCGGUGCCAUCCUCGCCACCGAAGCCCUCCACACCAGCUACCAGCGCGCCGCAAUCGGUGAGGUGCCAAUGGCCAACCCAUUCGAGACGCCACUCAACCCCAACCCCGUCUACACGCUGGCAGCGCAAUUCAUCGUCAACUGCCCAGCCACCAAUCCGCCACUACCCUUCAAGCCUUUCCCACUCCUGACCGCCACCAGCGGCACCUGCGUCGCCGAGGGCCCAGCCAUGAAGAAGCGUUCUUGGGACGACACCAGCAGCACUCCCAACCGAUCCACUGACUGGUCCGACAAGGGUUCGACCCCUACAGCUGCGUCUGCGACUGCAUCUGCCGCUGCUGCUCACACAACUGAGGCUAUGCACCCAUCAGGCUGGGGAUCAUCAUCCACGACCAAGACAUCCGUCGCGGCGUCCCCAACCAGCACCAAAGGUGCCUCAGGCGGCUGCGCCCUCCCCAGCAAGGCCGCUUGUGCCGCCGCCGCCGGCUCACCCUACACCUUUACCGCCGCCAACAGUAUUCCCGCCGGCAGCUUCGUGACCUUUGCCUCCGGCUUGAGUGUCGCGAGCGUGCAGGUUCCAUCAAUGGCAAGACCACCUAACCAAUAUCUACGAAGACAUCUCCAAGCACGACAAUCUCGACCAGUGGGAGGACUCCCCUCCGAAAUCGCCGAGCACGACCACCGCGACUUCCUCGGCAAGAAGGAGUACCAACGAGCCUGGGUCGACUUCUUCGAAGACCAACUCGUUGAAGCAGGCUACGACUGGAAAGCCGUCGUCACCAAAUACAUCUUCGAAAUCGGCCCCAAGUCAUGCGACUCACAUUACGCCAUGUUCGACUGCCUCGUCUCCGGCCUAGGCCACCCACUCAUCCACCUGGGCUACGCCUUCGAACUUACCUCCCGCGAAGUAGCCAUGGAAGCACUCGGCUUGGCCGCAACAUGCUACGACACACAACUAGCCUCCCUCGCAACCACACCACCACCAAAACACAUCCCAGACCCCACAUCCGACCUCUUCACUCUAUUCAACCGCGUCGAAACCGAUCCUACAUUCGACAACCUUUUCACCGGCCCCGGCGGCUCUAACCUCGGCACGCUCCUCUCCAACCCCAAACUUACCUCCGCCCUCCUCGCCCACUUCCACAGCUGGACCAUCACCAACCCCACCCAACAAUUCGCCCAAUCCCAACGCCUCGCCUCCCUCCUCCUGAUUUCCACAUCCAAACUCCUCCCCCAACCAGGCCACGACUACGACUUCUUCCUCGUGCACCUCCUCACCACCUCACACGCCAUCCGCAUCCUCCUCCCCUUCUUCCCCAAACACACCCACUUGCGCCUCGUCAGACAAUGGCUCCUCAUCACCCUAGCGAUCUACAUCGCCCAACUACGCCCCUCGCUCUCACAGGCUGCGGAGGCGCAGAAGGCGUACGAUCUGAAAGGUCGAGGGUGGGAGUUUGUGAAUGACAAAGCCCUGCACGGUGGGCAUAAGUACGAUGCGCAUUUCGUCAAGGGUUGUCGGGCUAUGUUGGCGGGAGCGAAGGCGUGGGGUGAUGACGAUGGGUUCUUCUUGAAGAAUGCGGUGAGGUUUGCGGAUGAGUUUGAGGGGUGGGGUGGGUUUGGGCGUGAGGAUUUGGAGGAGAUGGAGGAGGCGAGUCAGGGGCACCGUUGA